UUAAAAAAUAUAUUUUUUAGAAAAUAUUUCCAGAUAGGCAAGGAGCCAGUGAUAUUUGUUUGCACAGAGACUGGAAAUUCUAGAUUGCUGCAGACAUUAUUCGCACCCAAUGUCAGAGAAAAGUUUGGUAUCGAUCUCAUCAAUGUAAAUGCAGCCACGCAAACCGCGAUGAAAAAUAUGCUGAAGCGAAUAUCUGGUGUACUAAAUUCUAGGGGCGAUAUGUUGCAAGUUUCUCAGCAACACAUCGACGAAAUAUUAUCUAAUAGCGUCGGAGACGUGCGCAGUGCUUUAAUUACGUUUUUCUUACAAAUAUUAGUGCCCGAGAGACACUUGAAGAGCGAAUGUGGUAUUCGAGAAGAAACUUUAGGUCUACUACAUGGUGUUGUCGGAAGAGUCAUAAAUCCGAAAAAAGAAUUAGAUGGCUAUUCCUUCGUACAUGAUCCUGAAGAAACAGCGGCAUUCUUUCAGUCACACUCGGUGGUGUUUGCAUUUCUACAGGAGAAUUAUUUAAACACUAUAAGAACUAUAGAAGAAGCCACUGUAGCGUCCGAUAUUUUGAGCUUAGCCGAGGUUUUAAAUUCUGAAUGGCGUGAUCGCAAUUUGAGUAAAGUUGCAUUAUCAUACUGCAUUCGUGGCUUGAUGCUAGCGAAUGAGAAGCCUGUAACUUCGUGGAAUCCAGUGAGAAAACCGCGAGAUGAUCAUAGUAAUAUACGACGAUGUUUGGCAACAGCAGAAACACGAUGGUAUGAAUCAAUCAAACCUUCUUCGAAGAAAAGCGAAAUAUCAAUAGAAUAUAAAGAUGAAGAUGCAGAAAUAAUUAUUGAAGAAGAUUAGUAUAUACUACAUUAAAUUAUAUAUUAAGUGUUA